AGAAGAAGUCGGACACAGUUAUCGAUGGCAUCGAUGACGAGCCCGUCCACAAAGAGAUUAGACUUUUUGGACGCGAUAUCAAUCGGAUUCCCUGUUUUAAAGAGUCAUUCCUCUACGGCCUGUUGGGUGGUAUCGGAUGCGGACUCAUGACCUUCACAGCCACCAGUAAGUGACACAUGACCUCUGGG